AUGAAGGUCCUGGCGCUCCCCGUGGCUGUCGCCGCCAUGCUCUUGAUACUGGCACAGAACACUCAGUCAGUAUACAUCCAGUAUGAGGGCUUCCAGGUGAAGCUGGAUUCUGUGAAGAAGUUAGAUAAACUCUUGGAGCAGCCGAAGGAUUUCUGGAGAACCCAGAGAGACCCAUCCAUCCUAUGCAGCAACCCAGCACUGCCCUCCGACCUCCAGCCCAUCUGUAAGAAUAGCAAAGCUGCCAACAUCUUCAGAGCCCUGAGAAACAUCAGCCAAGAAGACUGUGAACUCUGUAUAAACGUGGCCUGUACAGGCUGCUGA